GUGGUUCCGCCUAACGUUAGUUAAGUUUCGUUUUCAUUGUAAAGGGCGCAGUUGAGAAGUGUGUUGACUCAGUGAUCGCUGUGAUCUUGGACGUGUCACAAUGGCGGAAAAUAUGUCUCUGCUAGGUCUUGAAGACGAGUUGACGUGCAGUAUCUGUUUAUGUCUAUUCGAGAACCCGGUGAGUUUAAUCUGUGGACACAGUUUCUGCGCCAACUGUCUCGAAGCGACAUGGAACGACAUGAUAUCAUCUCUGUCCUGCCCUCAUUGUCGAAUGGUGUUCCCCAGUAAACCCGAACUAAAGAAGAACACCGUCCUCAGCGCGGUGCUGGACGCCUAUAGAGUAAAAGCGGGUGUCUUUGAACCGGUCAAGGAACAUUUUGAGGUGAAAAAGAAAGAUCCAGAUGCGAUCAAAUGUGACAACUGCAUGGAAGCCAAAGCCGUCAAAACUUGUCUGACAUGUAUGGCGUCUUAUUGUGAGGAUCAUGUCAGGCCUCACCGGGAGAAUGCCAUUUUUCGGGCGCAUCAACUGUCUGAUCCGCUGCCAGAUCUGAUGGAGCGUCUCUGUUCAGGUCAUGGUAAACUGAUGGAGCUCUACUGCAGUCAGCACCAGAGUUGCAUUUGCAGUACCUGUUUGCAGGACAUGCAUAAAGGCUGUGAGUUUAUCACGGCAGAUGAGCGACGCUUCAAACAAAAGACCGACCUGACUGACAAGCUCAACAUCCUUGACGUCAAAACUGACAAGAAUCAGCAGGUUAUCACACAGAUGAAGGAGCAACAAAUCAAAUUAAAGGAACUAGCUACAACCCGCAAACGUAUUCUUGAGGCAGAAUACAGGCAGAUUAAAGAAAUGAUUGACCGGAAUGAGAAAGAAGCCAUGCUUACUAUCGAUAAGGAACAGGAGAAAGGUCAGAACAAACUGGUCUCCAUGAUAAAGAAAUUUAAUGAGAACAUCGAGAAGAUGAGUAGGACCAAAUCUGAGAUCAACAUUCUGCUGGACCAGUCGCAGUCACUAGCAUUCUUAAAGGCCUCUGUGGAUUUGCCCUCAGUGGUAAAUUUUGAGCCCCAUAACCCUCGUGUGAAUGUGGAAAGUAAAGAGGUGAUAGCUUAUCAUUCCUCUGCAGUUGCACUGAAGGAGUGGAUCACCAAAUUAAUGGAGCAGCCAUUAGAAAACAGAAUCUCUGUACUUAAACCAGAGUUUGAGAAAUCUGUUCUUGGCGCAGGUCUAGGAAACCAAUUCCCAGGAAUCCCAAGUGAGAUUCCUGCCCUCCUGCCAAAUCCAAGAGAGAUGUGGAUGCAAAAAGCACCGAUUGCGUGGUUUGACCCUUCAGCACAUAUGAUAUCUCCCAUUCCAAGCUGUGGUCCCAAGGCCAAGGCUCCGGGAACUAAACAGAAAAAUAUCAGCAAGACUGCUAAAGAUCAGAAGGAUCCCAAAGAGCGCAAAGACCAAAAGCCAAACAGAUCUAGGAAUCCUUCUAAAGGAGCAAAUCCUGGUUUCUCCAAAAGCAUGGAAAACUUGCUUGACAUCACAGUUAAAACUGUAGACAUACCUGACAUAAAUCGGCCUGCUGUUUUACCAGAUGUGCUAAACUUUGUUAAAAGAAGUGACCUUCUUAAAUAUGGCACUAUCCUCAAUUUUGAUGUCAGAACAGCUCACAAGCGGAUCUUGCUGUCUGAAAACAACACCAAAGCCACAGUCUCGGAUGAUCCAGCUCAUUAUCCAGAUAUUCCCCUUCGAUUUUCUGUCUGUUCCCAGGUGCUCUGCACAAAGGGUUUCUCUCAGGGCCGUCAUUAUUGGGAGAUCAAAAUGAGCAGUAACAACUUCUGCGGACUGGGACUUGCAUACGGAAGAAUUGACCGCAAGGGUCCCUCUAGCCGUCUGGGGCGUAAUGCAGACUCCUGGUGUGUGGAGUGGUUUAACGUGAAGCUUUCUGCAUGGCACAACAGCAUCGAGACGGUGUUGCAGAAUCCCAACCCAAGCCGCGUGGGCGUCUUGCUGGACUGUGAUCAGGGAAGUGCAACAUUCUAUACUGUGCAGGACCGGGCCUACCCUUUCCACACAUUUGUCUUUCCUUUCACUGAGGCUGUGUAUCCCGCCUUCUGGAUCUUCUCAAAUGGCUCUUCUGUCUCUUUGUGCAAGCUCAGCGUUUGAAAGUCUCUGUAAGUCGAACAGAUAUUCAUUUUGGAACACAAAUUAAGAUAUUUUUAAUAUUCUGCCAUCUUUUUGUCCAUUCAGUGAGUCCAGAAUGUUCAAGCUUCAUGAAUUCUUUGAAGGAUUUUCAAUAGAUGGGGAAGAAUAAUGACGGUAUAUUAAAAAUAUCUUUUUGUUCCAAAGAUGAUCAGAAGUCUUUUGAAAUGGGUUUGAAAUGACAGGAGCAUGAGUAACAGAUGACAGAAUAUUAAUUUAUGGGGUUUAAUCAAGCCAGGUUUGAUGCAAAUAAACUUUGGAAUUCUAAUUCAGGUGUGUUGUGACUACAGAAUGCAUAAAGCAGUCUAUAUCUAUAAAUGUCCGGUUAUGUCUUAAUGUGGCCAUAAAAAUAAAAAAAUUGAUGGAUGAUAUCUAAGGGCAGGCUAAUGCAGUCCAACAGUCACUACAGACCUAGACAGCAAUCCAGCCCACAUGGUUUACACACGGGCCAGAUGUUGGCCAACACUAUAUUGCUGUCUGGGAAAUAAACCUCAUCAAAGUGAAGGGGUUUGUACUGCAUUUGCAGUAAUGACUAUAGUUCUGCUAUUAUAUGGCUGCUUACCAAAUAAAAGUAAAUUAAAUAUUGAUUUAGUCUGAAAUUACUUAAGAAGAACAAGACUGCAGAGUGAUGCAACAGACACUAGCUCAGCUAUGCUGAAAAUACUUAAGUUGAAAACAGACAACAGUCAGUCGAAUUAUUUAGUGGUCAUUAUUCAAAAGAAUUUGACUUAAUUGCUACAAUUGACGUCACUGAUCCAGAAAAGAAAAGAAAAAUUUUGGUGUACAUAUGUGGUUUGCAAAUGUUGACACAUUACUAAAUCUUACUUUGUUCUGUGAAUUUUGUUAUUUUUGCAUAUUUUACUUGUUAGUUGUUUUUAGAGUUUAAUUUCAUCACAUGAUCACACUUGACGUUUGUUGGUUUAAUCACAUGGGCAAAGUCCACCUGCAGUGUGCUCCAGAUAGAGUUGUAUUGGUUCCUGAUCAAAGUAUCCUCGCUGGGUCCGGGUCCAGUCAGUUUUUAAGCGUGUGCAAUUCUGUCAAACCAACAAGUGUAAAUGUGUGUUAAAAAUGUUAAUAGUGGAAAGAAAAGUUAUUAGUAAGGCAUUUAUUGUUUGCUUUAUGCAAUAUAACAAUUUUGGUUGAUACAUCAUAUAGAGUAACUUAUUAUUAAAAAAAUGUAAAUGACAAUAUUGUACAUUGUUGAGGAGAAAAAUAUACAUAAAGUAAAAUAUAAGAAUGAUACCAAUAAAGGCAUUACAUGACCAAGUCUCAUAUACAGAUUAAUUUAACAUAAUCUAGAUUAAUAGUUCUUUCUCUCUCUCAUCAUCUGUUGUAUUGAUCACAUUUGUGAAAUUGUUAUGGGAUGACUUAAUCCUGCUCCUGUAAUGGUGAUGGUUCAUUUGUGCAGCUCACAUUGUUUUCAGUGCUGAACAAUAAAAAAAAUUAAAUAAACAACA